AUGGGCGGGGUCAUCCUUGCGGAUGCUGCGUUCCAGGUGAUCAAUCGUGCAGGGAAGUGGUUGAGAUGGAAAUACUAUUUAAGCCCCCGUUUUCAAGAUUUCGAAGAUCACCUUAUCAUGCCUCCCAGAACCGAACUCAGAGAAAAUGCAUUUCGCCAAGAAAUAAACGGGGAUCUACGCCGACGACCUCCAUGUCGAUGCCUUGAUUGUCGGUGCCGGCUGCGAAAACUGGGUCUCAAAACGGUGAUCUUCGAAGCAGGGUCGGAUAUCGGCGGUACCUGGAGAUGGAAAUGUUACCCCGGCGCGGGCGUGGACUCAGAGGUGCCCGAGUAUAUGUUGUCCAUCCCAGAAACAUGGAAGGAUUGGACCUGGUUGACCAACUACCCCUCCUACGGAGAAUUGCACCAGUAUUUCGAUCAUGUGGACAAUGUGCUUCAAAUCAAGAAAGACACGGCUUUCAGUAGCGUGGUAUUCUAUGCCAAAUUCGACACCAGCAGAGGUCGGUGGCACAUCCGAACAGCAGAUGGCAGGUCUGCCCAAGCCAGAUAUUUUAUCGUCGCAACUGGAUUUUCUGCAAAGCGAUACAUCCCGGAAUGGCCUGGAAUGGAUCGGUUCAAGGGUAUCGUGCACCACUCCUCAUUCUGGCCGGAUGAGCACAUCGAUGUGGGCGGCAAGCGCUGUGCGGUGAUUGGGACCGGUGCAUCGGGUGUGCAAGUCACGCAGGCUUGGGGUCCCCAGGCUGCCUCUCUCAGAGUCUUCCAGCGAACUCCAAAUCUCGCUCUGCCCAUAAGAAAUGUGACCUUACCGAACCAAAAAAAGCCUAUCCCGAAUUAUUUUCACUCCGCGAAAAGCUUCGGAGGGUUUCUCUAUACAUUCCACGAAAGGGACACAUUCGAUGACAACGAAGAAGAAAGGCAAACCUUCUUUGUAAGGCUCUGGGAGGAAGGAGGCUUCCGAUUCUGGCUUGCCAAUUACAAGGACUACCUAUUCAACGCCAAGGCCAACCGUCGUGUCUACGAAUUUUUGACCCGAGAACGAAUUGGAGAUCCUAAACAGCGAGAUAUCUUAGCUCCCCUCGAACUGCCCCAUUAUUUUGGCGUCAAGAGUCCUGCCCUACAAUCCACGUCCUAUGAACAAUUCAAUCGACCGAAUGUCGAGGCCAUUGACAUUAAACCCAACGGCAUUUCCAGGUUUACAGAAAAUGGAAUCCAGUUGCAGGAUGGAACUGUUUACGAGCUCGAUAUCAUUUGCAUCGCUACCGGCUUCGACAUAGCGACUGGGGGUAUGACGAACGUGGGAUUGAAGAGUAUCUAUGGCACUGAGCUGGAAAAGGAGUGGAAGUCGGGGCCUAUACAUACCUCGGCACCACGGUGCGUGGGUAUCCCAACAUGUUCCAUCUGUACGGACCACAUGGGACGGUGGAUUGCCCAUGCAAUCAAGCAGAUGGAACGCAAGGACAUCAAGUACAUCAACCCUACACAUGAGGCUGUGGAAAAAUGGAAGAAGCGGAUCAAUCGCCUCUCAGAAAUCACGCUGUUCCCCACUGUCAAGUCCACCUAUCUGGGCGGCAAUGUACCAGGAAAGGCUUUCGAGCAGGUGAAUUAUGCUGGUGGGGAGCCUGCGUAUGUGAACGAGAUUCGAGCGGUCCUUCCUAGUUUUGAUGGGUUUGAGGUGGUGAAGGGCACUCGGGAGGCGAGUCAACUGUCAAAGAUUUGA